CUAACGGAAGGUAUAGAAACAACAAAUCACCUCAAAAUUGACGAAAUUGAAGGCUAGGGUGUAGGGAAGAACCACCGCUGCAAACUUGGUAAGAAAUUAAACAGAAACUGCCCUCCGAGUCAAGUAAGUUUCCCCUUAAUUCCUUCUCUACUUUCUUUCCCGGUUAUGUCUUCUUUUAGCGAUAGGAUUUCGUCCUCGGAGGACUGCUCCUUUGAGGACUCCAACUCAUCUUCCUCGACCGGGUCUUCUUCUCCUGACUCCAUGCUCGGUCAGGUUCCCAACUCUUCUAUCCCCGACCUGCAACCUGUUAAUCAGAUGCCCGGUGAAGUUUUUAUGGGGAGGGAAGAGCCGGUUGAUGACGAACCGGGUCCCUAUGACCUUGAAAACGAAACUCGGGACGCGUGGGAGGAGCGGCUUCAUACCGCUGGUUACUUUCCGCUCCCCACCUUCUACGUUCUUGACAUUCCUUCCCAUGUAUCUAAAAUUGCUCUGAAUAAAAUCCGUAGGAGGCUCCCGGAUGGGUAUACCCUUCUGUAUGAACAUGACUGGCCCAACAUUGUUGAACCCCACCGGGAGGAUAGGAUAGGGUUUCACACGAUUUCCCUAGACGCGGGCAUCAUUUUUCCUCUUCGCCCCCUCCUAACCGAAGUAUGCCAUGCAUUUAGGAUUUUACCCGGCCAAAUAACCCCUAACGCCCACCGGUAUCUUCAUUCCUUUUUAAAUAUCUGCACUCAUCUGAAAAUCGAUCCCUCUUUGCGUCUUUUCCUUUUUUGUUUCGAAGUCCUACUAGGCGGGUCUGGCUGCGAAGGUUUUGUAUUCUUCAAAGCCCGUACCGGUAGGAAGUUCAUUUCCGAAGUCCCCCAGAGUGACCGGGGAUGGAAGGAAAAAUUUGUUUUCAUCGAGUUUCCCCCCUUCGUCACUCCUUUUGCCGGUCUGAAAUGGAAUGACCAUCUGCUCGAUCAAGAGUAUGCUGCACCGGCUUCCUCCCCUGACUUGGAAGCGAAUCUUGAAAUCCUUAUGCGCGGGGAUCCUUUCACCAGGAGGAUCUUCCAUUAUGGCAGCUGGGUUUGGAGGGUGGAGUCGGGUGGUGAGGGUACCUCCCAGGCCCAUGAAGCAGCGGGGCACCCUCCCCGGGCAACACUGCAGAGGCUGAGGGCCAGAACCACCCAGAAUCUUACCGGGCUAUUUUUUUUUGUGCACGCGGGGGGGAUUGGACCCCUCACAGCUGAUCGGCUGGGGUUAGGCUCUCCUUCGGAGUUUGCCCGGCUGAAGAAGGAGAAGGAGGAGAUGGCUCUCAUCCUGAAGAGCCAAGCUGAUGAGCUGACCAGGCUAUCCGAGCUGGCCGGGUCUAUGAGGGCGGAGAUCUCUCACCUCAAGGAAGAGAAUUGCCGGCUGAUGGACGAGGUGUCUGAAGCCAAGAGGGAGAUGGCGGAGAAGGAAGAAACCUUCCCCGGGCGCGCAGCUUCCUGGGUGGAAGGGAAUAAAGCUGAAGCUGUCCGGGUGAUGACGGCGACUCCAGAGACCACGAUGGAGUCCUUCAGGCUUCUGUCCCGGGAGCCUGAAGGAAGGAAGAUGAUUACCGCGAUUGGAUCCUUCGGAUUCAAGAGCGGUCAAAAGAAGGACCGGAUCGCCUCUCACCGGGUACUGCUCAGAAGAGAUCCGAACUUCAGCGCUGCAUCCUAUGGCCUGGCUCCAAUCUCGAAAGAAGAGCCAACUCCCCCUUUCCCCCUCGACUAAUCUCCCCGGCUGCGCCCGGUUAUUUUUGUAAACUUUGAGCAGAAAUUUCCCCGCGUGCCCGGCGUACUUGUAAACAUUUGACAUUUCCUGUUUUGAAUGCCAUGUUUGUUUUCCUACCCGGUUAAUCUUGCAUAUCUGCUUGCUCGUUAAAUGAUACUUUGCUCUUGCUUCCUAGAAUAUCAUCAUAGGAAUUCUGACCGGUAAAUAAAUCAGGCCACUUCUCAAUUGUUUCCGACCGGCAGAAAGAACUUCAAAGUUCUCUCUGAUCACUUUAUCUCAAGGAUCAGUGUAACGCCACAAAAUAUGGCCUAAAAUUUAUUAUAAAACAAAAGUAAAUUCUGUCCAAUAAG